AUGGACCAGGAUGAGUGGGAAGUGGGCGAGACGUUUCAGCUACCGGUCAAUGUGCCCACUGCGCUGUUCGCCUACAACCCGGGCCCCAUGAGCAGGGACGAGGCGGACAUCAAGGCCAUGGUCCUCUACGGGCCCAUGGACGGCGCGCUGUGCCAUCGCAACCUGCUCGACAUUGCCCGCUUGACCCUCGUGUUCCCCACAUGCACCGUGCUGAAGCUGGGGCUGGAGGCGGUGCGCAACCAGUUCGAGGUUGUCAAGGUGCACAACUAUUUCCGGGACCCAGGUCCGCUCGGUGGGCGCUAUAUCGACGUUCUCGUUCUGAUUGACCUGUCCCAGGACCCUGGGGUGCCGUACCCGUACGUGUGCAGGAUCCGAUUGGAGACGUUGCCGUACUUUCAGGCGGCGGCGGAGGUCGAGGACGUGCUGGAGGGAUUGUACGACACCCUCUGCGGGAACGACGUGUCCAAGGCCGUCGCCCAGAGCUUCCUGGAGUUCCCAGAGAAGAAGCUCGCCCGCGACUGUCGCCGGAAGUUCGAGGCCCACUACGGGUCCACGCUGUCCGCCUGGCGA